AUGCAGUCACGCAACAAGGUCUUUCCGCCCACUAUAGUGGUCACAGCACCAUCAUCUUUCGAGGGUAUGCUCUCAACCUCUUCACACAUCGCAAACGUGUCACAUACCUCUGCGUCUUCGAAGGUCCAUGCCUACAUGACUGAAGACGACAAAGAUGAAGACCGCGAGAAUCCAGUUUACAUCAAGUCGCUCGGCCCAAAGUUCCGCGGAGUCGAAAAUUUGGUCACUCAUCCAAAAGCAGAUGACAGUGACUUUGGCUUGCUGAACGACAUGGUCUCGUCCUCUCUGAACUCCGAUUUCGACUAUGAGGGUGAGUACGAAGACUACAAGUAUACCCACGGGAUUCUCGAAGAAAUGGGCGUUGAAUGCGAAGAGCUGUCUAUCAUGGCAUACACCCUCGCUUACUUCAGUGCCGAGACACCCGAUGGUGGCCAAAUGAUCAUGGCAUUGUUCCAUGAUGCGUAUACGAAACACCAGACGGGCCAUCCAGCUUUCCAUGGUGACAAAGUCAGCGACGAGGUCCAACAGCACUUCUUAGACCUAGCAUGCGAUGUGUCCAAACACAAGCCACACUUGCAUCUUCUCGCAAGGAAAUUCGAACCUGUUGUGGAUGAGGAAGAGCCUCGCCUGAACAUGGGUUGUUUUGAGUAUCCUCGGCAGUUCCCAGCGGUGUGGAACGAAGACUUUGACGAGAUUCCGUUGCCUCUCGGAGAAGAACGUGUCGUUGUCGGACUAGUUCGUUCCGGUAAUCAGCGCAAAAUCAUCUACGAGACGAUGAAAGUGCGCAAAGACCUACCAGAGGACCCGAUGGUAUAUUCCUCCUGCCAAAAGGGUAUCGAAGCAGCUCGCGCGCUCGCCGAGUACCAGGAAGACGAUGAGCAGAUCCAACGGGCUACGCCAAUCCCUAACUGUGACCGGCCGUGUUUUGAGGGAGGGGUACCACUAGACGACGUACCAAAAGCAGAGUGGGAAUAUCUUCACAAUCUUCCAGGCGAAAACGACGGAUUCGUCCAAGGCGUCCUGAAUAGACUGGAGAAGCUACGCGCCCACCCGGAACACUACGAUCAUCUAGUCGCAAACGAUUCCCAUGAGUAUGCGGCCGGCAGUAUCCUUGGAGAUCGGAAGGGUCUCGAAGAAGACAUGAUUGUUGGACUCUGGAAUGACUUAAACCAUGAACACAAGUUUGACAGCGAGGCACUGCGCGAACAGGGGCUGCUCAAUCCCGAGGAUGACUUUGGCGACAAUCCAGAGUACCUGAAGGCGAAGAAAUUGUGGUGGGAGCAGAAGAUGGGCAUCCGCGGCAUUGAAGCCAUUGUCCGAUACCACAUGAGGCACGUUCGCUCACGGCGACGUCCUAAUAGAGCCGCAUACUUUUUGACCGAGGAAGACGAUGCCACUCUAAACUAUAGAUCGCCAGAGUACCCAGCAUCGCGUGCUGAACUCAAGGAGGUUCCUAAAGAGCAUCAAUUCUACGACGACCUCCAUGACAGCCCAGUGGAUUGGACGGCAAAGUCUGAACGCUGGAUUCGGCUGUGGCGUCUUCCAGUUAGCGACAUCAUCGCUCACGACGACUUCGACGAGGAAUGUCGCGAGCCGUACGACGCGCUCGUGGAGUAUCAAGACAGCCGCGAACCAGGCUGUGAAGCACACGAAGAGCCAGGAGAAUUUGCGCGCCCACUACUUGCGGGGCGCCGUGUUCCUACUUUGGCUGCGCUGGAGCGGAAACGUCGCGAUUCGGUUGUUGAGCUGAAAAGCAAGACUUCUCCUGCUGGCGGGAAUCCACGAGUUCAGCGUACGCCCGGCAGCAUUCCAGCGACUCAAACAAUGGCCAAAGACAACGCUUCUGUAUCGAACGCCCCAGCUCGUGUGUCAAGGGGUCUCAUGGAGCAUAUCCGUGGAACUCGCGACGAGGAGGUAGAUGACGACGCUGACGCGGUAGCCAAUGCGCCUUCUCCCAGGUUCCUUGAGGCGUUCCUAAAGAAGAAGAACAAGGUCAUGACACCUUCUCCUAAAUUUCUCAAGGCAUUCUUGAAGAAAAAGGCCUUCAUGGGUGCUAUCAAGUCUAGCAUCCAAGUUCCGCCUGGCAUUCUCGCCGACUAUUCGGCAGUUGAGGAUGAACUUUGUGAUCAAGAAUCAGGCAUGCCCUGUAACUUGAUACAAAAUAAUGAACCCGGUCUUGUCCCCAUCCAGGGACGCGUCUGGGUACGCUCAUCGAACCCCGAGAUGAGCCGUGAUCAACGUCGCGAAAAGAAGGUCACUGUUCGCGAUGGUAUAACUCUGACCCGACCGAGGAACGAUGCGGAGAACCGGUUGAUGGAUUUACUGCAUCUGCCUGUCAGCAGGGCUGACUCCAUACAUCGCCCUCGAAAGAGAUAA